CUGCCAAACGCGGCACCCGACGCGACUACAGUCAGUUCCGCCGCGACCGGUGCUCUCGUCCGUCACGCGCGCGCACUUACGUCUGCGUUUUCGCGUUGAUAAAAAAACGUGUGCUCAAAGGUGAUCGAACGUUGUUAUUUAAAUAUUUUUUGUUUACCACCCGCAACCGUCGUUAUCUGUAAGCUCGUGAUUUUUAUCAAUUUCGCGCCGAAAUUUUUUUCUCGACAGUCCGUCCGAAUAAUCGCGUAUACGCACUGCUGAAGCACUUUCAUUCUACCGCCUCCGCCACCAUGCAACCGAGCAACGGCUCCAAAGACGUGUCCUCGGCGGCGGCCGAGAAGACUUGCGGCGCGACUGGCAGCUCCGGCAACCAGCAGUUCUGCUUGCGGUGGAACAACUACCAAAGUAACCUGACCAACGUGUUCGACCAACUGCUGCAGAACGGCACGUUCGUGGAUGUGACGAUCGCCUGUGACGGUCACACGCUCAAGGCACACAAGAUCGUGCUGUCCGCGUGCAGCCCGUACUUCCAGAGCAUGCUGGCCGAGAAUAAGUGUAAGCACCCGAUCGUCAUACUGAAAGACGUCCAGUGGCCUGAGCUCAGGGCCGUCGUCGAUUUUAUGUACAAGGGCGAGAUAAACGUUUACCAGGAACAGAUUGGCCCACUGUUACGCGUUGCUGAGACGCUGAAAGUCCGCGGUCUGGCCGACGUCAGCAACGAACAACUCACCGGCGGCGGUGGAUGUGAACCACAGGCCGCGGCCACCGUGGUGACGCCCACGACAGUAUCACCCGAAUCUCCCAAACAGCCGGCCCGCAAGCGGCACAGGCUGUCACCACCGGUGGCUAGCCCAGAGUCGGUAAUGUCCGACAUGGGAUCGUCGGCCGCGGACACGCCGCUCAACUUGCACCACAUGCCGCCUCCCCCGGCCCCUCAUCACCAGCAGCAGGUGCAGUCGCACGUGCACCAGCACCACCACCACCAGCAGCAACAGCAGCAGCAACAACAACAACAACAACAACAACAACAACAACAACAACAACAACAACAACAACAACAACAACAACAACAACAACAACAUCAGCAGCAGCAGCAACAUCAGCAGCAGCAACAUCAACAACAACAACAACAACAGCAGCAGCAGCAACAGCAGCAGCAGCAGUCGUCACAACAGCCACCGGCACCACAGGCCAUGCCGCCGUCCGCCUCGUCCGCUUCAUCGUCGUCGUCGUCAUCGUCGUCGAUACCACCGCCGAGCAGCGUGGCUGACGAUAUGGAGAUAAAGCCAGGCAUCGCCGAGAUGAUACGCGAGGAAGAAAGAGCCAAAAUGUUUGAAAGUUCUCAAGCCUGGCUCGCAUCCACGUCCUCGCCAAUGACAUCCGACAGUUACCAGUACCAACUGCAGUCCAUGUGGCAAAAGUGCUGGAACACCAACCAGAGCCUCGUGCACAACUUACGGUUCAGAGAGCGCGGUCCGCUCAAGUCGUGGAGACCAGAGACGAUGGCCGAGGCCAUACUGUCCGUGCUCAAGGAGGGCUUGUCGCUGUCACAGGCCGCUCGGAAGUACGACAUACCGUAUCCGACGUUCGUGCUGUACGCUAACCGGGUGCACAACUUGCUCGGUCCCUCCGCAGAUGGUGGCGCAGACUUAAGGCCUAAAGGCAGAGGACGUCCUCAAAGAAUAUUGUUAGGAUUUUGGCCAGAAGAUCAUAUUCAAAAUGUAAUCAGGACUGUUGUGUUCAGAGAUGCACAAAACAUCAAAGAAGAAGCAUUACACCUUUACCCAAGAAUACCGUGUUUAUCCGACCCAAUGUCUGGUGGUCACUAUGGUAACAACGCGGUUCAGUCGGUUGAAGGUCCCGUGUCGCCUAACUCUGCCGCGGCCGCCGUGGCCGCCGUCGCGCAGGGUAUACGGCAGCAAAUGAUGGCCGCCGCCGGACAUAACAUCUCUCCUUCAUCGGGUGUCGACGCGUUCGCCCUACUCGCCUCUUCGCACCUACCCAGUCCGGCUGACAUGUCACCAAAUUCGUCACCACCCGAUUCACCGUUAGUUUCCAACAACAACGUCGAGGUGAGCCUAAGUGGUUACAAGCGAUCCAUCGACCACUCCAACCAAGACAAUGUGUUCGUUGAAGACAUUGAUGAGCUCGUGAAGAACAGCCAUUGUACCGGGGGCUCGUCAAUGGGCAACACCAUCGAUCAGCAGCCGUUGCCGUUAGUCAUCGAGCAACGAACCGAAUAAAAAUACACCUACACACAGACUGAGAUAAACUAUAGCGAACAAAUCCAAUAAUACCGAUGUAUUAAAGACUUUGUGGUCAUGUGAGUUGGUCGUCGAUUAAAAAACAACAAAACUAAACAAAAAAAUUAAAAUAAAACAAAAAAAAACUAUUGUAAAUUUAAAGCAUAGACUUAUAUUAUCGAUUGGCAGUCCUAGCAUUUAUUUUUAAUAGAUAUUAUAUUUAUUAUUUUAAAUAUCGCACUAUGUAAUCGUUAAAAUAUUCGCAAUUACGUCAUUCGAUUUCUGUAUAUACAAUAAAAAAAAGUAUAAUAUAUAUAUUUUAUUUUGAAAUGUCAGCGGUUUGAAAACAAAAUUCACAAAUAUUUACUGAAGAUAAUAUUAUAUUAUUGUAAUAUACGUUUUUUAAAUGAUUUAAAAAAAUAUAAUAGUCAAAAUAACUAUGACUAUAAGCCAUUACUCGCGUAUCACGUGAAUCAACAAGUAGUUUUUUAUUACAUAUUUGUAUAUUAUAUUAUAUAAUAUAAUAUAUUAAUUAUUCGUAUACUAUUAUUUAUGACAUUAUACGUGGGCAAUGAGCGCCAAUGUAUAAAAUAUAUUACGUAUAAUGUAUAUUAUAUAUUAUAUAAUAAGUGUGUAUAUAUUGUUUGAUAUGUGUCAAUACUAUGUCUGACGGACAAUAAAAUGUGUUAUUAUUAAUUAACAAUAGGUUGUAAAAAAAAAAUUUAAAAAAAUAUUUAAAAAAAACUUAUAUACAGUAAUGCUUGUAAAAUAUGACGUGCGGUUGCCAUGAUAAUUAUUAAUAUUAUGUAAGAGUAGUUUUGGAGUAAAAAAAACAUUUGAAUACAUACUUUUAAGGCAAGAUUGUAUUGGUUACCUGUUCCUAGCACGUAAAUAUCUAUUGUAAAUCAUUUAUUGAAAGACAAACAUUCUCAACGGACUAGGCCAGUAAAAUGUAUUUCAUGUUCUUAUUUCCUUAUUAUUAUUAUUAUUAUUUUUUUUAGUUUUAGAUUAAUUUAUUUACACACACUUUUGUUAGCAUAAGCUUGUUGUAUGCAUAACUCUCAUAUUAUACAUUUUGAUUAAUUAUGUAUUGUUUAUAAUUGUAUUCAUUAAAAUAUUAUUAUUAUUAUUAUUAUUAUAUAUGGACUUAAAAAAUUGUACUUGUUUUAGACUACACAAAUAAAUAAUAUUGUAAUACUCCGACGUGUAUAUUAUUAAUAGAAAAAAGGUAAUACUUUUUCUUUUGUUGUAUAUUUUUUAAAAAAAUAAACCUUGCUACAUUACAUA